AGGCGUAACAUUUUGAAAGAUUGUGUUGUGUUCAGUCGUUACCCCCGAGAGCGGUGGUUGAUUAAAAACUUGUAUGUAAGAGAAACGCGGUGUAGAAAGUGGAAAAAAAAAAGAUUUAUUGUUGUUCAAGGAGCCUUUGGAGUAGCUGUGAGCAAAAAGAAACUGUACCGACUCGGAGCUGUAAUACAAAACUCUGAGUCAACGAGCUGCUGUGUGUGCACCUGAGGAGAGAUGGAGGGGAAGGCCACGGGUUUGAAGAAGUGUUAAAGGGUCCAUGGCAUAGAGCCUGUCCUCAGACUCAGCUUGUUCCUGGAGAGAGCUGCGGAGGUGCACACGACUCUGAAGCCCCGCUGCCAUUUUCCACAGCCCAAGCAGAACCAGGGAGCAGCCAGUAGGAGCUAUGCCUGUCCUGGCCACUGGAGCCGGCCACGAUCCAGGCCUGUAUGAGCUUCUGGCAGCUUUACCUUCACAGCUCCAGCCUCAUGUCACUCGUCCAGAGGACAGCACCUUCCUAAAGGGCAUGUUUGGGGAGAAAGGUUUCCACUUGUUGGUCAAGAUCCAUGAACGGCUACAGCACUAUGAGAGGAGCAGACCUGUUCCUGUCCUGGAUAGUGUGGGGUCUUUGGCACGUGAUGUGUCUGAGGAGCUACUCGGAAAAUCAACUGAUAGAGAAAUCACAGAGCUGCUCAGACUGCUUUCCAAUCCCCACGUAAAGAGUCUGCUGUCAGUCCACGACAUGGUUGCUAAUAAGCAAUACAACCCUGAACUGCCCCCUCUGCCCACUGACCUGGAUGAUGACGAAGACUCAGUGAAGAUCAUAAGACUGGUUAAAAAUAAAGAGCCACUGGGAGCAACGAUCAGGCGCGAUGAGGACACGGGUUCGAUCUUUGUGGCCCGGAUCAUGAGGGGAGGGGCAGCUGACAGAAGUGGACUGAUACAUGUUGGAGAUGAAUUGAAGGAGGUAAACGGAAUUCUUGUUGAUGAUAAGAAACCAGAGGAAAUCAUUCAGAUUCUGGCCCAGUCACAAGGUGCGAUUACAUUUAAAGUUGUUCCUGCUGUCAAGGAGGAGGUGCCAGCCAAGGAGCCAAAGGUGUUUAUGAAGGCACUCUUUGACUAUAACCCCUUGGAGGAUACCAUCCCAUGUAAGGAGGCUGGGCUGGCCUUUAAAAAGGGCACCAUUCUUCAGGUCAUGAGCCAAGAUGAUGCAACCUGGUGGCAGGCCAAGCUUGAAGGGGACGCCAAUCCUCGUGCAGGUCUCAUCCCGUCCAAACAGUUCCAGGAAAGGAGAUUUGCAAUGCAGCGACCUGUUGCUACACUUCAAUCCCAGAAGCCUCUUGGCCGACGAUCAUCUGGGUUCAGGAGAAGCUUCCGACUGAGUAGAAGGGACAAGAAAACCAACAAGUCCAUGUAUGAGUGUAAGAAGAGUGAAAUGUAUGACACGGCUGAUGUGCCUACGUACGAGGAGGUCACCCCCUACCGCAUGCAGAAUGGAGCUAAACACAGGCCGGUGAUCCUAGUAGGACCCACAGGAGUUGGCUUGAAUGCGCUAAAGAGGAAACUGUUGAUCUCAGACCCCCAGCACUUCAGUCUAACAACCCCACACACCAGUCGGGCCAAGAAGAGCAAUGAGAGUGAUGGCGUGGAGUACCACUUCAUCUCCAAGCAUCUCUUUGAGACUGAUAUCCACAACAACAAGUUCAUUGAGUAUGGUGAGUACAAAGGGCAUUAUUAUGGGACAAGUCUAGACUCCAUACGCUCCAUCCUCGCAAAGCACAAAGUGUGCAUAUUGGAUGUCCAACCUCAUACGAUAAAGCACCUGCGGACUGCAGAGUUUAAGCCCUUCAUUGUGUUUGUGAAACCUCCAACGAUUGACAGAUUGAGGGAGACCAGAAAGAAUGCCAGAAUGAUCUCAGGCGAGCAUGACAAGGAAUCUGCCAAGUCAUUUACGGAAGGAGACUUUGAGGAGAUGCUGAGAACCGCCCAGCUGAUGGAGAAUCAAUACGGUCAUCUGUUUGACAAGGUCAUUGUCAACGACGACCUAUCUGCAGCCUUCCGUGAGCUGCGGUUGGUGCUACACAAGGUGGAGAUGGAUACUCACUGGGUUCCAAUAAGCUGGACUCACUCCUGAGAGCCGCGCAGACGACACGCUGCAAAUGGAGGACAGAGAAGCACUCUAACAAAGUCAUGCAGGUUUUUAAUCUUUCUGGGUCUCCUGUGUCAAGAGAAUAUGGGAAUAAAUGAGGACACCAGCCAGGGCUUUUGGAUUCAGGCUGAAGAUUUGAGCAGAUCUGAUAUCUUCUGACACCACCUCAAAGCUAACGUAUGCUUUUCAGAAAGUUGCCCUUGGCCUGGCUUGAAUCUAGUCCUCUGAGCUUGGUCUUAGCGUCACAUCCGAGGCCAUGGAUCACUUUGGUCCAAAGCAGAAUCUGAAACCAGCGUGGACUGUCUCACACACACCGCCAGCUAUCCUGCCAGGACAUUAGCAGCUUCGCCAACCACCACUCUUUCUACUUUAGCCCAUUAGAAACCAAAGACAUUUAUUAUUUCUUCCUGGUGGACAAGUUACACACAGAUGUCUGUAAAAGAGCCUCUAAAGGGAGUGGGAGAAAAAAGGAAAAUACAAGUAUAGUGGCUUUCUGUCUUGAAAUAUUCUUGUGUUUCUAAAAUGCUUCCAUGAUUGUUCCUCCAAUGUCCAGAAAAACGUCAUUGGGAACUCUCACAAGAAAGCCCAGUAAGUGUAGUUUUAUUUAAGAGAAAAUAAUAUAUUAUCUGUCUUCUAGCUCAUUUUGCAGACUUUUUCAAUACGGACACACUGUGUCUUAAUGAUGGUUUUUAGAGCAACCUGACCUCGGCUUUUUACACUGGAGGCGUCUCUUUUUGCAGUCAAGUGUUUUGAUUUCAUCACUCAGUCUCAUUUUGCCCACAGAGAACUGUUUUAUUUAGGUGUUAUAUAUUCCAUUUAGGAGCGUUUUGAAAAGCCACCCUUCAUGUGAAGCAGCCUUUAAAGUCCCAGCACUGGAUACUUUUUGGCCGUCUGCUAGAAGAAAAUGCUCACAAUUGUAUUUUAUUAGGGUGGAGUCUUUAUUUUUGUUCACAUAAAAAUUGUUCUUAAUAGCGCGUCCACAGCACACGUCCAGGAUUUUAGCUCACAGAAAUGUUAAGUAGCCACUUUUGACUUUAUGGGCAUUGAGAGUUUUGAGCUAAUUUGAGUUCGGACACAACCCGUCCUGUUGGAACGUGCUUGUUUUUACACACUGCUGUUUAUUCUUGAGUUUCUGUCACGGAGAUACUCAGCAUUAACCACUCAGUUUAAAGGAUUGUUGGCCUUUGUGUUGUCUCAUCACUGUUUCUUUGCUUUGAUUCGACACUUAGAUUUCAGUUAGUUAAUUAAUUAAAAUGGAAAUCCUUUGCAUUCAUUCAGCCAUUUAAUCCACUUGAACUCUUUUGUUUUAACUUAAAGCUACAGUGUGUAGGAUUUAGGAGUGUUUAUUGGCAGAAAUGGAAUAUAGCAUUUAUAACCAUUUGUUCAUUAGCUUAUAUGAUUACUUGCAACAGAUUUAUGUGGUUUCAUACACUUUGAAUGAGGCCUUCUUAUCUACAUGGACCCCUUCAAGGAAGUCACCUUGUUACACUCCCAUGUUGAUAAAGGAGCCCGAAAAAGACUAAGUUACUCCACCUUUUGCAUUUUGCAGUGUAGCAGUAAGUCAGAAGAGGAAGCGAUGGUUUCUCCCCUGCAGACUGUCUGCUGGUUGUUAGUGCAGGCUAACUAGCUUGAGAAUCUGAAUUUUUAUGAAAUGAAGGAUUGUGUGUCUUGCCUAUCACAAGAGAAGGCAAGGGAGCGUGAAUUCUCUUUGCCAAAAAUGAGAAAACACGAAGGGCAAGUAAAAUUGUAACCAGCAAUGGCAUAAUGCAAUCUGCAACCUCACCACUAGAUGACUCUAAAUACUACACACUGGCUUUAAUAUAUGUUUCACUACACUACCACUACAUUUACAUUCAUUUGGGUAAGUUUGCAUUAUUGUACUGCUGAUCUCUUUGUACUUUACCUGUCUGUGUUGGUGGGCAGAACCAGAGUUUGUAUGGUGUCGAGGUCUAUUUUUAAUUUCUUGCUGUAAAUGAAAUGCUGUUUAUAAAGCCUAUUCUUGAUAACUGCUAUGUUUUUUUUUUAUUAAAGAAAAUCCAACUGAU